AUGUCUCUCUGCUCAAAACGAUCCAAAAGUUGUGUGAUUCUUUCAACGAUAAAAGUUCCGAAAUUAUGGCAUAUUGUUAAAGAAAAUAAACAAUCGGUUAAAAUUGAAGACGACGCAGGAAUACUAAAGACAGUUUUUAAACUGAAGGAAUUUUCAGAAGUAGAAAAAGCGAUAAAAUUGAAAUUUGGAGAAUAUUUCCUGACAGAUGUCAAAAAUGAUGAAAAAUGUUGUUUUAUAAGAGUGGAUCACAUCAGCGAAACACUCAGAAGAAAGUGGAAUGACCAUUUCAACUCAUUAUUUCGUUUAACAGCCCCAAGUUGCCUGAAAAUUGAUGUGAGCGCAUUUUCGAAAAGAACUGCAAAGUUUGAAAAUGUGAAUGAGAUUCAUUUAACCGGUUAUGGAACGCUAGAAUCGGAGCAAUUGGAUUCGUUUCUAAAUCAGUAUUCAAAUUUGGACUUUUUAAAGAUUGAACCCUCUGUGAAUGGUGACUUAAUCAAUACAUCGAAAAUAUUGGAAGUCGAAAACAUUCACUUGGAGCAUGCUGAAGAAUUCGGAAUGAAUCUUUUGAAGCAAUUCGGUGGUCGUAACAUCAGUUUAGUUGACGUUUUUCUUGUAGAGACGGAGUUGAAUGAAAUCAUCAGAAAAUGGAUAAAAGGUGAAGCAUUUCAAAACUUGGAGGCAGUCGAAGCAAUGGAUUUUUGUUUUGAAGGGGAUCUUCGAGCAGAUGUAAUAUUGGAUCAAGUGCCUAUUGUACAAUUUGAUUCAACGAAAAGGCCACUCAUUUUUCCAUAUAAUACAAAGUUAACCACAAUUAUGAAUUGGCAAUUUUCAUUUUUAUUUCUAACUAUGUUUUUAUUCGUUCAUAGUUCACAAUUAACGUUGAAAACGGAACCAACAGAUCCUUCACUGUCUCCUGUUUGUACAAACUGCUUGGAUGGAGUUAUUGCUAUCAAAAACACAAUAGCUAAAAUUGCUAAUUUCGCCCGAAUCACAAUUGGAACAACUGUAGAUAAAGUGUGUAAUCAUCUAGUUCCGGAAUUCGACUUUUUGGAAGCCAUUUGCCACAUCAUUGAUCAGAAUGUUGAAGACAAAGUCUACAGGUUUCUAAUGGCAAUUCACGAUAAAAUUAAUGAAAACGUUAUUUGUCAUAUGUUGAGUUUCUGUCCCAAAUAA